CUCUGUGUGGGAUAUUCAGUUGGACGUCUUCCUUCCGGGAGAAAGCUGCUCAUUAUCGUUGAACUGUGUUCCUAGGAUUAUGAUUAUGAUUCAGGUUCUUUGCUUAUGUUCUAUUGUUUUUGUCAGUUAUAAAAAAACAUUGUGGAUUGCAUACUGAUUUCAGAGUUAGUACACGGAAGGAAUAAAUGCGAUUGUGAUUUUAAUUAAAGAUUACAAGCGUCACGAAGAAAAUUUCUGUUAAACCGCAUUUUCCGAAGAUAUCUGCAAGGAUUCGUUUUGGAAAAGUCCACCUGCAUAGUUUGGGAAAUAAUAAUGCCAAGGAAUAAAUUAGAAAACAGAAAUAAUGAAUGGAACUGCCGAAUUUCUUUCUCCAGCGUCCAAAUGGCUGUCUUCGCCAAGGCCUCCUGCAGUUGGAGAAGAAGACAAGAAUUUCCAUGACACCAGUCAAUGGUUUUUGGAAUCUCCCAAAAAUUUCAGCUACAACAUGGAAGAACGUGAGCCUCCAUGUGGUGGAGGUGACAAUUCACCAAACCACCCAGGUACUCCAGAAACUUCAGGUAGCUUGCAACAGACAAAGCAAUCUGUAGAAAAUUCUCCAAAUCCCAGUCCUCCGCCACCGCUUAAAUGGGCUCAGAGCUUAAGUUGCUUACUAGAAGAUAUACAGGGUGUGACUUUGUUUAGAGAAUUUUUGCUCCAGGAAGGUCUGAACCAGAAAGGUUUAUUAUUUUUGAUUGCAUGUAGAGGUAUGGGAGCAGUUGCCAAUGAUAAAGAAAAGCGGAUAAAAGUAGUAACUAUGUUAUAUGAAAAAAAUGUAAAGCUUUUUCAUGAAAUUACUGAUGAAACAAAGAAAGAAAUUGAGAGAAAGCUCUCAACGAACACUGAUAUUGAUGACACAAUCUUUGAUGAUGCUCAACGGGAAGUUGAGGCUUAUAUCAUGAAAACUACUUACCCUAAUUUUUUAAGUUCAGACAUUUACCUUCAGUAUCUUGGAGGGUUACAGAAUCAGUCAUCAGCUGAGAAAGACAAUAUAGUUUCAUCUGAUCAUGGUGAACUUUUGCCUACAGUUCAUGAAGAUAGUGAGUUACAAAUUUCUUCAAACAGCAAAAUUCUUAUUGAAAAAGACUUCUGGCAAAAGAACAAAAUUUCAUCUAGUAAAUUAAGGCUUGACGGACAAUCCGGGUUAUACUUAAAAUCACCAUAUGGAAACUAUAGCAGUUAUCAUUCUAAAUAUGGGUCUUUUUUACCAGCAUCUGCUCAAGAUUCUGAGUUACAAAGUUUGUCCUCAGAUGCUCAAACAGAUGAUACAAUGUCUGUUACUGACGGUAGUACUGUUGAUUGCCCUACAUACAGUAAAAGCAGGCAAAAGCGACAACAGAAAGCACUAAAACAUAGUGCAGCUCUCAACAAAGACAGACUUAGUCACAGUACUUUUAUACCUCGUACACAAAGAUUACUGGAGCAGAAACUAUCAGAAGAAGAAUUUCAUGCAAUCUUAGUAAAAAAGUUAAAUAAAGUAUUAGAAGAACAAAAGCACAACCAAAAGGUCUCUGAAAAGCUGAAAGCAAUUGAGGAACCAGAAUCUUCUAAACCAGAGGUGACAUCUAUUCAGAAAGGAUCCCACAAAAAUAGUGCACCUCCAGUUUUGGAUACAGCAUUCUUUAUUAGUCCAAGUGAGGAUAAUGUUCAAGACAUUCUGGAUAAACAUGUGUCUAGAGUCUUCAAAGAUUCUUGUCAACAGACACCAACUCUGUCACCUGGUUGUAUGUCUCCUUUGACUCAUGAACCCUCACCUCUGACUCGUGAAGCAUCAGAACGUUCUCGAGUUCGUUGGCCGUAUGAUCCCUCAUUACAAGAAUCUGUUGGAACAGGGUUCAAAAUGGGACAGGGAUACCUAAGACAUGGAAAGGAUCAGGACACUAAUUCAGUGGAACCCAUUCCUGAUGAAUUUUUAGAUUCUCAGAGUAGACGUAGCAGAGAGCAGGCAAAGCGCCUGUUUAUCAAACAAAAGUUAUCUGCAAUGACAGACAGUAGGAGCAGUUUCUUUGAUAGUGGAAUAAGUGCUUGUGAACCAAACCCCAGCAAUUCAAAAGUCACUCGUUGGUUGGAAUCUAAAAGGUAUACAUCAGAUGCAGAACGGGAAGUUCACUGGAAAAACUCAUCUACCUCACCUGUUCUUAGCAGAACUAGUUCCAGUCAAAAGGAUAUAAUUUAUAAUUGUUCACGUCCUGCACCUCUAAAUUAUGGAAAUUCUUCAUGGACCUGUAUUGCUACACAGAUUACUCCAGAUCCUUCAGCACCACUUAUGCCUCCUUCUGACACUACCACAAAUCUUUUGGAAGCGAGAAGAAGGCUUGAGGAUGAAAGCAGAGCAAAAAUGGGGAAAAUAAAGAUGAAAUCUAAAUUGUGUGAAUCAGUAGAUGAGAGUUAUAGGAGACAAAGUAAAAGGUAUCCUAGCAAUCCUAUGGAAGGACCAUCAAGCACUGGGUCCAGUGAAUAUACAGCUAUUGGCUACAGUUAUGGUCGACAUUCAGUGCCUUAUUUAUCAAAAUUUCGUGGGAAAAAUAUAACUCUAAGACAAUUUAAAUCUAUUUUAUCCAAGAAAGGAAACUUCAGGUAUUUUUUCAAGAAAGCCAAUGAUGAUUUUGGCACAGGAGUAGUCUUUGAGGAAAUUACUGAAGACCAUGAUAUUCUUCCACUCUGGGAAGGAAAAGUAUUUUGUGUUAUUGAGUCAGAGGAUAAUAAUUCAACCAUGUAAUUAGAUAACAUUAGUGAAAUGGUUGAAUUAGAUAAUAUAAGUUAAAUUUUUAUAGCACUGUGAUUAACUCUGAGAAAUUCUCAAGUUUCAAGGAUUUUAUGAAGAUUAUGAACUUAUGAGUGAGAGACAAUUGCCAAAAAAACUGCAGUUAAAAAAUAAACAAUACAGGAGCUUACAUUCAUCAUAUUUUCAGACAUCAUCUUUCAUUAUUAUGUUCCUGUUUGCUAUUUGUGUGACUUCAAAAAAUAGACAAGAAAUAUAGCAAAUUCAUAAGUUUUUUGUAUCUAUAUGUAUUAUAAUAUAAAUUUGAAAUGUGCUUAGAACAAGUCUGUUUUUAUAUACAAAAUAUUUAGUACAAAUAUAAGAUGUGAGAUUAUUUGCAAUUGCCCCGUGUAAAUUUCAUGGAUAUUCCCCCCCCCCAAAUCUUACUGCUCUCUCUCUCUCUCACUUUGUUUUUAAAUCAAUAGUUAUCUUAGAUAUGCAUAACAAAUAAGAAAACAGUACAAAAAAGAAAUUUUCAAAUAUUUAUUUGAAAAUUAUUAAAGUUUAUGUAAAUGUGCAAUGUAUAGUUGAGUUUUUAUUUUUAUCUUCCGAGAUAAAAGCAAGAAGUUUAUUAUAAAGCUCAACAAGUUUUUAAAUACAAUCAUGUUUAAAACAUUUUAAAUGAAGUUGAAUUUGUUUGUGCUGUUUAUAUCAGAUUUGUUUGCGAUUAAUUUUCUGUUAAUGGGAGAAACUAUUAGCUUUUUUAAAGAUUAUAUAUGUAAAGUUUUUCAAGUACUCAUUAUAGAGACAAGGCUAAAAUUAAGGGUUCUUAUCAUAAGUUUAGGAUAGUCAUUUUUCCUGCUGGAGGAUAAUUUUGUUUUUCUUGCAAAUAAAUUCUCCCAUUUUAAUGUUCAGGAAAAUGGAAUUACUAUUUUUAAUUAUGGAAGUUUAUGGCUGCUGAUUUGCUUGCACACAGUUACAAUUUCCAUUGAGUAAAUGUUCAGCUAGGUACUUGCUUGAAAAACUGCAGAAUACAUUAUCAAGAAUACUUAUAUUUUAGUUGCAUUUAAUUUUAUCAGAAAAAACGUUUAAAAAAAUGGGAGCCGUCAAACAUUUAAUUGAGGAUAACUUAAAUGUGUUGUUUAACAUAGGAUAAUUUAAACAGCAUAUUAAAAAAAGAUAGAAGUUAUGGAUUUGCAUAAAUACAAACUUUUUCCCCUUGUACAGAAAUUUAAAAGUUGAAUGCAUUUAUACAUGAUUUUUAAAACUGGCAUUUACUAUUUAUUGUGCAUUAAGUUUAUUGGUUAAGUUUUUUAGAGAGGUUUUAAUUUUUUGCAUCCUUAAUACCUUCACCAUGAUUAACACAUUGAACUAUGCAUUGUAUAAUAUGGGAGAUUUAGAGGUUCUCAUUAUCAUAAUCAAAAACAAAUAUGCAUAUAACUAAAAGGGCAUUUCUUGGGCUGAAAAAAAGAGCUUUCUGACUGGAAGUUUGAUUUUCUUUAAUCCCUUCAAUCUUUAAAAUUGUUUAUAAAUGUAUCACAAAUAAGAUUAGUUAUAAUUUUAUGAAGUUUAAGGGUUAAAAUAUUUUCAACCUAGUUUACUGACAUCAUUAUUCAUGUAGUCCUCCCAUAAAUUGAUAUGAUCAUAGCUCAGUCCUUCCUAAAAUUUUAUGCAUCAUCAUGAGUAUACCAUGAUGAUGCAUAAAUACUACCAGAAUGAAUUAUAUAGUGUUGCAAUUUGUAAUAAUUAAAGGAGAAUAAAAUGAAAUGUUGCUGAUUGCCUUUUGAAAUUUUUUAAGAUUUAAAUAUGGUGUUAUUCUAGUAUGAUAUAAUUUCUUUGAGGGGUUAAGCUUAAAAUUAGUGCCUUCUGAAUUUAAAAGUGCCUUUCAUCUCCCAAUCAUCAUCUCAAAAUAAAGAGCAUUGUGUAUUCUAAAUUUUAAAAUAAAUUCUUGGUCCACUGUAUGUAAAUUUUAUUAUUUUUAACUUAUUUGGAUCGGCCUUUAUUUUGUUAAAGUGCUGUGAAAUAUAGGCUGCCCUUAAAAAUCAGUGCAUUUCACAAAUUAAUUUUUUAAUUAAUAAAUUAAAAGACAAUUAGCACAAAAAUAUGUAAAAUUAUGUAAUUUCACAAUUAAUGCAUAAAUAUUUUUCUGUCAAUUAUAUCUAUUAACAUAAUAUAUCUAACUAUCUAAAGAUCCUACUAAAUGUCGAAGAGCUCUGAAUUUCCUUCCAUCAUAAUAGCUUUAAUGAAUCUCGGUAAUCUUUGCUGUAAAUCAACAAUAUUUUUGAUUGGUUGAAAUGCAGUACAAAUGUUCAUUGACCUGUAUAUAACUGUUACAAAAAGUUUUUGAUAUUUGUAACCCUAUAAUACUAAUUUUAACCAUUGACUUAUUUUAUCUAAUGAUUAUCUAAAAAAGAUCUUUCAUAGAAAGAAAUAUUCUUAAUUCAGACUUCAUAAAUUGCAUGUUCAGAAGAAACAUAGUGAAAUCCAAGAUGUGAAUUUAUUCUUUUCUUUACUGCUCUUUUGAAAAAUUUUAAUACAUAAAAUAUUAAGUAAAUUUGUGUAUAUAUUAGUUUUCUAAGUGAGCUUGGAUUUUAUAGAUUAAUAUUAUAAGCAUAUUUCUAUACUAUGAACCAGACAUCUUAAUACUUCAGACUUAUCAGUUAUAUGUUCAUGUGGAAAUUUUAAGGCUGCAUUAUUUCUAUAAUCUCAACAAAGUAUAUGUUCUAUAAAUUCAGAUAGAAUUUACUCAUGAAAUUUUUGUGAAUUAAUUUGUGCAUGGUUGUGUAUUUUAAAUUUAAAAUAUAGUAAUUCUUAAUUCUAAUAAAAAGCUGAGUUUUUCAAAUUGUGCUUCUCUAAGCGCACUUUUCUUUGACAUGAUUAUAAGGGGUGCUUAAUCUACAAACUGUAUAGUUUCUGCUACUUAAUUGUAUAAGAAAAUAUUAAAUUUUUUACUAGUCUUUGUGUAAAGAGAAGCACAUUGUUGCCAUGCAAAGAUGCUUAUUUAUUACUGUAUAAAAUUCAUUACAUGUUUUCAUCACCCUUUUUUGCGUGGCAACAGUGGAACUUCUGUUAAAUGAGAUAUUUAUUUGAAAAUGUGAGAUAUAUUGAUUUUUAUGGAUGGAUUGCAGUUGUUGUUUCUUUGGAACUAGACACUGAAUUUUAAACUGCCACAUUAGGAUUUAGUGUUAACAGAAAUAUUUAAAUUGGUUCUUCAUGGAACAGGGUAUCGCUUAGUUACACUGAAAAUUUUUUUGCAAGCUUAUGCAUGGAGGUAAAAACAAUGAAAUACAUUCCGAUGACCUCAGAAAUCACUUGAGUUAUGCAAACAAGGUCAUUCUUCCUUUUCUUCUCUUGCGGAAUGUAUCUCAUUUUUAGAAUGAGGAUGUGUUAUGUGCAAUUUUGUGAAGGAGCAACAUACCAAUAAAAUUUCAAAUGCAAGAAAUAGUAUUUAAAAAAUGAAACAAAUAUAAAUUAAAAUUAAAAUUUAUUUUGUUUCCUAAUCUGUAGGCUAUAAUUUGUAAAUAAUUCUAAUUAAUUGCAGUUGUGUUGUCGGUGUUAUUUCUACACUUCAGAGUAGGAAUGAUAUAAAUUUAAAAC